CUGAGAACAGUACUCGCCAUCUUUGAAUGUGCUGAAAGCAGUCGCCAUCUUUGACCUCUACUCCUAUAUAAAGAGGCAAAUCUUUGAACCAAAACCAGCACACCAAUUCUCUCUGUCAUUUCAUCAACUCUCAAAUGGCCUCUUCGUUCCAGUGCUUCUCCCUCCUCUUCUUCUCUCUCCUCUUUCUCUCACCAUCCCUUGGCCUUGCUCAGAUCUCUUUCCGCCCCAAAGGCCUCCUCCUCCCCGUUCAAAAAGACCCUUCUACCCUCCAAUACAUUACCCAACUCAACCAGAGGACUCCUCUAGUCCCACUCAACUUAACUCUCGACCUCGGCGGCCAGUUCUUAUGGGUAGAUUGUGACCAAGGAUACUCCUCCACCACCUACCGCCCUGCGCGGUGUGGGUCCGCCUCGUGCUCCCUCGCGGGGUCUCAAGCCUGCACCACGGAGUGCUACUCCGCCGCUAGGCCAGGGUGCAACAACAACACUUGUGGGAUGCUCCCGUAUAACCCGGUCAUCCGUACCAGCACCGGCGGAGACCUUGGUUCCGACGUCGUGUCGGUUCAGUCGACCGACGGGAAGAACCCCGGGAGGGUUGUUUCCGUGCCUCAUUCACUCUUUGUUUGUGGCUCCACAUUCCUCUUGGAAGGUCUUGCUGGUGGUGUUAAGGGCAUGGCUGGCCUUGGAAGGACUAAAAUCUCUCUCCCUGCCCAGUUCUCUGCUGCUUUCAGCUUCCCCAGGAAAUUUGCUGUUUGUUUGAGCUCUUCAACAAGAUCUAGCGGUGUAAUGUUCUUUGGUAAUGGACCAUAUAUGUUGCUUCCUAAUACAGAUGCCUCAGCCUCCCUCAUCUACACCCCACUCAUUGUCAACCCGGUGAGCACCGCCGGAUCUUACUUUCAAGGCGAGGCCUCCUCCGACUACUUUAUAGGAGUAAAAUCGAUCAACAUCAGCGGAAAAGCAGUACCCAAUAUCAACGCGUCCUUGUUAACCAUACACCAAGGAAACGGAGGAACCAAAAUCAGCACUGUGAAUCCCUACACGGUUUUGGAAACUUCGAUAUACAAGGCUGUGACGGAGUUUUUCAGGGCCCAGCUCUCCGGGGUGCCCACGGUGGCCGCGGUUGCACCUUUCGGGUUGUGCUUCAACUCGACCAACAUUGGCAGCACGCGGGUGGGACCUGCUGUGCCGUUCAUUGAUCUUGUGUUGCAGAGUGAGAGUGUGUACUGGACGAUUGUCGGGGCUAAUUCGAUGGUGCAAGUUAGUGACGAGGUUUUGUGUCUGGGGUUUGUGGAUGGAGGUUUGAAUCCGAGGACUUCGAUUGUGAUCGGUGGGUAUCAGAUUGAGGACAAUCUUUUGCAGUUUGAUCUUGCUGCAUCAAGAUUGGGGUUCAGCUCCUCACUCCUGUUCAGGCGAACAACAUGUGCCAACUUCAACUUCACAUCCAAUGCUUAGAGAUCGAGUUCCAAUCCUCCCAUUGCAUUAAACCUGAAAUGAAUGGAGUGGAUUGGACAACACGAUAUUCUGGAGACGUUUAUUUAUGGUAAAAUUACUGGUUAUGUAAUAAUGUUUUCUGGGUUGUUUUAGUACAUCAUUUUUUGAAUAAAAGUUUUCAUGACCCACCUACUCGAUAAAA